CCACAGUGAGAGUUCUCCUCAUCUGCCUUCAUAGGACUGAGUCACUUUUAAAACAGAUUGAUUCAACACACAUGUUGAGGAGCAUCUCUCCGCGGACCCACACGGUGUUUUUCCAGACAUGGCCUCGGCGUUGUCCUCGGAGCAGUUUCGCUGCUGCAUCUGCCUGGACUGCUUCAAAAAUCCCACCUCCAUCCCGUGUGGGCACAACUUCUGCCUGGAUUGCAUCAAACGCUUCUGGGAUACGAGACACAAGUCGGUGUGUCCCAUUUGCAAAGAGGUCUUCAAGACCCGCCCAGAACUCAGGAUCAACGUCGGCUUAAGAGAAAUCACUAAUAAUUUCGUAAGGUCUCGGAAGAACAAAGCGAAACACAAGCCAAUCCUGAAACAGCUCUCCGAGCCCGACGUUUCCUGCGACAGUUGCCAUGGAGACAAGUCACCAGCGGUCAAGUCCUGCCUCGACUGCCAGAAGUCGUUCUGUGAAAGUCACCUGGCUCCUCACAGCAGGGAUCCCGUGUUGACGAAGCACCGACUCACGGUUCCGGGCGCCUACGUUCACCUCUGCGGAAAUCACCACAAGCUCCUGGAGAUGUUCUGCAAGGACGACCAGACGCCCGUGUGUGUGAAGUGCGUCGCGAAGGACCACAGACGUCACAACACCGUCCCCAUCGAGAAGGAGAGCAAGAGGAUCAAGACUCAGAUAAGGAAAACUGAGGCCGAGUUUCAGCAGAUUAUCAGGACCAGAAUCAAGAAGGUUGAGGAGAUCAGGACCUCGGUGGAGCUGUGCAAAACACAGACAGACAGGGAGAUACAGACGAGUGUCCAGGUCUUCACCAUGGUGAUCGGCGCCAUCGAGAGGAACCAGGCUCUGCUCAUCGAGGAGAUCGAGCAGAAGCAGGAGGCGGCGGAGAAGAGAGCGGAGGAGCUUCUCGAGGAGCUGGAGCAGGAGGUGGAGGAGCUGCAGAGGAGACGCGGCGAGCUGCAGCUCCUGGAGAUCACCGAGGACCCUUUUCGCCUCCUGCACUGUUUCCCCCCCCUGAGCGCCCCACUGCCCUCCAGAGACUGGUCCCAGGUCGGAGUCCCUGCCAACAUCUGCAUCGGGACGGUGAGGAGGGCGUUUUCCAAACUGCUGGACACCUGCCACGACCUUGAAAAGAAGCUGUCUUCAGACGAAAUGUCCAAGAUAAGUCAACAUGCAGUGGAUGUAACUUUGGAUCCUGUGACGGCCUCAAGUUGGCUCAUUCUGUCCGCCGAUGGAAAAAAGGUGAGUCUCAGCAGCCAGAGGAGGCCCUCGCUCCCUGACGCCCCCCGCAGGUUCGACUCCUGCGUCUCCGUUCUGGGGGAACAAAGCUUCACCUCUGGGAGACGCUACUGGGAAGUUCAGGUUGGGGAUAAAACCGACUGGGACCUCGGCGUGGCCAAAGAGUCCAUCAACACAAAGGGGGCGGUCACGGUGCGUCCGGACAGCGGCUACUGGGCGAUCUGCAGGCGCAAGGGGGGCAGCCUGAGCGCCUGCACCAGCCCCUGCGUCACCCUCCACCUCCAGGAAACCCCGCAGAAAGUGGGCAUUUUCCUGGACUACGAGGAUGGGUCGGUGUCCUUCUACGACUCGGACGCAAAGACUCACAUCUACACGUACAGCUGGUGCACGUUCACCGAGCCGCUCUAUCCCUACUUCAACCCCUGUCUCCAUGACAACGGGAAGAACACCGCCCCCCUGGUGAUCUGUCCCGUGGAUUAGCUUUGAUUCACCGAAGACGCAGCAGAGAUUUGAUACCGAAGAGCUCCGUGGUUUCACGGACACAAUCGUGAGGCUCUGCAGGUUCCAGGUGUCACGAGUCUGCCUCAGCUGUCAAUCAUGACAUAUCAUCAAUUAACUAAUUAAAAACAAACACAAACAGGUGUGAUGAGAACUUCCUUAAAUCACAGGAACCGUCGUUGGGGAAAAAGGAUUUUGACGUGUACUGAGAUUAUGAUGUUUGGUCCAUGUCCCGUCUGCUAACAUGGAGGUGGCUGGGUUUAUGACCUACAAGGUGUAUCUGUCGCCCCCUGGUGGCUGCCUGGGACUCAAACAUGAAGUUUCAAUAAGCCAUGUUUACAGUUUUUGUUAUAUUAUUCUGUUAUUCGUCUUUUUAUUAUAUUCUAUAUUUUUCCCUUUCAACCCAACGCACUACUAAUGAUAGAAAUAAUCAAAUAUACAGAUUAUAGAUAUAUAGAUUAUUUCUUUCUUUCUUUCAGUAUAUUUUAUGACAAACAAAUCACUUCUACUAUCAGACCACUUCCUUUUCCCUGCACAUUUCCACUGUGGGAACUGAACCAUCCUGUGUGUCUGCGGUGGAAUGAGCUCUAAUCAGAUCCAUGCUUGUUUUUUGAUUGCAGUUACAGCCUCUUGCCACUAGAUGGUGCUGCAGCCCAGUCAGAACCACUACUCCAGCUUCCUUACAAAUAAAAGACACAAACAUGGCUGCUGUGACAUCAUCACUGACUGGAAACUGGAGCGAUUGGACCGUUCCAAAUUCAAAGACAAUGAGUUUACAGAUCUGAUUCUGAACAUCACAUUUAGGUCAUUUAGGUACAAAAACUCUGAGUUAAACAGUAAACAGAACAAAAUGACCUGUAAAUAAUGAAUUUGUUUUAAAUUUUUGUUUAACCCCAAUGACCUGCAACCUGAUUCAACCAUUUGUUGUGGACUGUGGAAUAACGAAGUUAUCCAGUCAACCCACGCGAGUUAAACGUGUUCUGUCCUCACUCCUGCCGCCAUUUACCAAAUAAAGCUGAAACCCUCAGAGUCCUUUUCCCUUGACUCACUGCUCCGAGUCUGUGGGAGAGGCUGCAUCAACACACACAAAUCAGUACUGACAACUGUGCUGUCAACACUUCUGCAUCUGCAGACAACUGACAGGUCCUGUCAACACGUCGCUCUGCUGGCAGCAAACAGCACGACGGGUUUCAUUCCAAAAAGCCUGUGACACCUAAAAGACAUAUUUUAGUUUCUCUUCAUGUUUUGUUUUGAAAGGUUGUUUGUUGUUUGCCAGACGUUUCCAUGGACGACAGGAGUUUGUCUGAUUUCUGCAUUUCAGUGACGUAAUGUAAGUAAUAGUAAGAACCUCUGAUUCCUUUAAAGCUCCUGAAGCCAAGUUUGACGUGUGUUGUAGUGAAAAAGUUGUAAAACCUGUAAAUUAAAGACUGUUUCACAUUUAAAUGAAUUAAAAAAAAAUCACAAAUGUGGGAAAGCAUUUAAUAAAACAGUUUUUUUCUCUGCA